AUGCUCUGUGUGGGAUCCGUGGGCGACUGCGCAGAUGGCGUCAGCCCCUGGUGGUGUGCCCACUCAGUGUUGAGCGAGACGACGCCGGCGCUCUCGAGCAAGUCACUCCAGUAUCGGUCUGCGUGGUGUGUAUCCGCCAGUAAAUGGGAGUUGUUUUCGAAUCGCAUCGUCGUGUUGUAUGACCACAGAUCCGAGAGGCCGUCGAGCGAGACCUUGGACCCCAGCGACCGCCGUGACUGA